GGGCUGGAUGGUCGUCUCGGGCAGAGUGGCUCCAGGAUGUUAGGGACUGUGAAGAUGGAAGGGCACGAGAGCAGCGACUGGAACAGCUACUACGCCGACACGCAGGAGGCCUACUCCUCGGUCCCCGUCAGCAACAUGAACUCGGGCCUGGGCUCCAUGAACUCCAUGAACACCUACAUGACCAUGAACACCAUGACCACAAGCGGCAACAUGACCCCGGCUUCCUUCAACAUGUCCUAUGCCAACCCGGGCCUGGGGGCCGGCCUGAGUCCCGGUGCCGUGGCCGGCAUGCCCGCUGGCUCUGCGGGUGCCAUGAACAGCAUGACGGCGGCCGGCGUCACGGCCAUGGGGGCCGCCCUGAGUCCGGGGGGCAUGGGUUCCAUGGGCGCGCAGUCGGCGGGCACCAUGAACGGCUUGGGCCCCUACGCAGCGGCCAUGAACCCGUGCAUGAGCCCCAUGGCGUACGCGCCGUCCAACCUGGGCCGCAGCCGGGCGGGCGGCGGCGGCGAUGCCAAGACGUUCAAGCGCAGCUACCCGCACGCCAAGCCGCCCUACUCGUACAUCUCGCUCAUCACCAUGGCCAUCCAGCAGGCGCCCAGCAAGAUGCUCACGCUGAGCGAGAUCUAUCAGUGGAUCAUGGACCUCUUCCCCUACUACCGGCAGAACCAGCAGCGCUGGCAGAACUCCAUCCGCCACUCGCUCUCCUUCAACGACUGCUUCGUCAAGGUGGCACGGUCCCCGGACAAGCCCGGCAAGGGCUCCUACUGGACGCUGCACCCCGACUCCGGCAACAUGUUCGAGAACGGCUGCUACUUAAGGCGUCAGAAGCGCUUCAAGUGUGAGAAGCAGCCCGGGGCCAGCGGCGGGGGUGGGAGCGGGGGCAGCGGCUCCAAGGGAGGCCCUGAGAGUCGCAAGGACCCCUCGGGAGCCGGCAAUCCCAGCUCCGAGUCGCCGCUUCAUCGGGGCGUGCACGCGAAGGGUGGUGGCCAGCUAGAGGGCGCGCCGGCCCCCGGGCCCUCCGCCAGCCCCCAGACUCUGGACCACAGUGGGUCCACGGCGACAGGGGGCGCCUCGGAGUUGAAGACUCCCGCCUCUUCGUCUGCGCCCCCCAUAGGCUCCGGGCCAGGGGCGCUGGCGUCCGUGCCCCAGUCCCACCCUGCGCACGGCCUGGCACCCCAUGAGUCUCAGCUUCACCUGAAAGGGGACCCCCACUACUCCUUUAACCACCCGUUCUCCAUCAACAACCUCAUGUCCUCCUCGGAGCAGCAGCACAAGCUGGACUUCAAGGCGUAUGAGCAGGCGCUGCAGUACUCUCCCUAUGGCGCCGCCUUACCCGCCAGCCUGCCUCUGGGCAGCGCCUCGGUGGCUACCAGAAGCCCCAUCGAGCCCUCAGCCCUGGAGCCGGCCUACUACCAAGGUGUGUAUUCCAGACCCGUCCUAAAUACUUCCUAGCUCCCUGGACUGGGGGUUUGUCUGCAUGGCCAAGCUGGUAGCAGGAGAGAGAAAAAUAUCAACAGCAAAAGAACCACAUAUCCCAACCAACCACAUGAUAAAAUCCCAACUAUUUUUAUUUUUCAUGUACAGUUUUCCCCAGUGCAAAGGACUGUUACUUUCUUAUUGUAUUCAAACUCACUCGUUGUAUUAUUUCAAAGACAGCCAACCCCACACCAAGAAAAUAUUUUCUCCCUCGAAAGUUAAUGAUCCACAAGUGUAUAUAUAGAAAAUCUUACCCCUUCCUUGCCCUCUUCCCUCGCUUUCCUCUUUCCCCUGCAGGCACAUAGUAGCCUGCACAAGGGUUUAUUUAAAAAGAAAGAAAAAAAACAUGGUCAAGUUUGUAAAAUAUUUGUUUGUGCUUUUUCUUUCCCCCUAACUUAACCUGGGUCCAUCACACGAGUUUACAGGUCUGUGGCAAUACUUUUAACCGUAAGAAUUGAAACGAUAAAGAAGUAGACAGUAGGGGCUGCUGGAAGUAUUGAAAAACAGCGCUGAAGUUCUGCAGUGAGGUAUAAACAAACAUCACAGCCAAGUGUGUUCAGCUUACAUUUCUGACACACUCCGAUAGCAGCUGUCUUUAAAUGAAAUACAUAUGUUGUCUAUAGACUUAAUUGUGAUCACGUAUGUAGACCUCAUCCAUUUUUACAUAUCAUGUAGAGAUAACAGAUUGGUAAUACACAUGCUGCAUUUUUAAAAGUUGCUUGACCAAGUUACAAGGACCCCACUCCCUUAUCCUCGGUUCCUACAUAUGACCCUGAGAAUCAAGUCCUGGGGAUUUGCCUUCCUCCAGAACUCUGCUGAGUGCCAUGUUCAUGUCGUUUUGAGGUCACCACACAUGUAAAGUCAGCUUCAGUGUAUGUACACCAUUUAAAGGAGUCUUUCCUAAGGGAAAACAAGGGAAGAUCACAGUGUUGAGGAGAGAAAAGUAUUUCAAAAUUUGGCCCAACGUUCCAAACUCCCAUUGAUUGUGGCCAUUUUAGUUAUUGCCAUUGUAUGCUUGAUUCAUCCAGUGUUAAUGCACUUUCCACAGUUGGACAUGGUGUUAGUUAUAGUCAAACGGGUUUCCUUAGUAUUCCUCUUUACCUUC